CACUUCUAUAGGCUACUAAGUUGUGUUGUUUACAUGAUUUACACUUAUAUACUGUCUAUGGAUUUACACCAACUGUCUAUGGGUAUACAUGCUAACGAUUAUAUGCUAUUUGUUGAAAGCUUUCUUUCACUGUCUAUGGUUGAAAGUCAGCUAUAGGUAACUUUGCGUGGAAAUGUUUAAGAUAUCUACCUUCGAGCAAUAGUACAAGUAAUGUUGCCAUGAGAAUGGCAGCAUUACCACAAGUCAGCUAACCGUCAUGCUUGUAGUUGCUUAGCGUUAGCUAAGUACAUUCAUGCUCUAGCGUUAAAGCAAUCGUUUAAUCAAGGAGCUAAAUUAUAACACACUGCGUAUUUCCUUUACAAUGGUUGUCGAGGUAGAAAGCUUCUUUGGCGUGUACAUGCUGUACUGCACAAAUCCUAAAUUUAAAGGCCGCAUUUACAUCGGCUUCACUGUGAACCCUGAGCGCAGGAUCGGACAGCACAACGCUGGACGGCACAGAGGGGGAGCCAAGAGAACCAGUGGGAGAGGACCGUGGGAGAUGGUCCUCAUCAUACAUGGCUUUCCCUCUGAUAUUGCUGCCCUUCGGUUUGAGUGGGCGUGGCAGCACCCUCACUCCUCCAGGCGUCUCUCCCACGUCUCUCGGCGCUCCAAGAAAGAGUCGAGCCUGCAGUUCCACUGGCGCGUCGUCUCCAACAUGCUGCGGGUGGCGCCUUGGAACAGACUGCCGCUGACCGCCCGCUGGCUCAAACAGGAGUACAGGAUGGACUUUGAGCCCCAUCUGCAGCCUCCGCUGCACAUCCCCAUCGCUUUUGGGAGUGUGAGAGCCAAGAAGAAAAAGCUGCCGCUGCAGUCUGCAGGAGAGGAGGAGGAGGAGGAGGAGGAGAAGGAGGAAAAGGAGGAGGAGACAUCCAGGUGUUUUCUCUGUAAAGGACUGGUCAAGGUGUCAGAAAAGCUGAGUUGUUUCCACCCAUCCUGUGGAAUGAGCACUCAUGUGAUCUGCCUCGCUAAACAUUUCCUGAAGUCAGAGCCGUCCCACCUCCUGCCAGUGGAGGGGGAUUGUCCGGCCUGUCGUCGCUCUGUGCUGUGGGGGAGUCUCGUCCGCCAUAAACACUGCUGCUUCGGAGACCUGGAGGAGAUCACACCGUCUGCAUCACAGAGCCACUGGGCAGAUGAGCUGCAGAUAUGAGGGAGUGGAGCCUAGCAAAACUCAACUUUUAUUUCCUUCUUAAUUAACUGUGGUGUUACAUUUCAUGCAGAAUUAUGUAGAUGAUGUGCAAUGGAAAUGUAUUUUUCAAACUGAACAGGAAUGUACAUUAACUUUAUUAAAGCUGUUCAGCAGAAAUGUGCACAGGUCCAACAUCUCUCCAGGAAUAAAAUCCUAAAUCAUUAAUUAUCAUGUAUGUUUAAUAUGUGUGCAUUGUGUAACAAAUAAAACAAGAUUGUUUUGUAGUGUACA